AUAGGUUUUGUUUCGUAACAAAUUGUAGUAACUUAUUUUAAGUGUUUGCUAUUUCUACCAAUUUCUAUAAAAAUGCCCAACGUUCCAAAAAUACGGAUACAUGAUGUGAAUCCCUUUAUGCAAACUAUACGUAAUUUCUUGCUUGGUAGAAAACAUACUUUAGCCCUCAGGUUUCAAGAUGCUUUAGCUUCAAGAUCACCACCUCCACCGGUUUUACCAGAUGGACCUGCUCACAAACUUAAUACUAAUUAUUAUUAUUCAAGAGAUGCAAGACGUGAAGUGUCUCCUCCCGAAGUUAUUGCACCUAAUCCAAAACAAAUUGAAUCUGGUGAAAAAGGCGAAGUUGUCAAAAGGAUUACUCCUGGACCAAUAUAUAGAUGGGAUUAGUUAACAAACUAGAUUUUCAAUUUAGUGUACAUAGACCUCAUAUUUACGAUAAUCAACUACAUAUUUACCAAUAAAACAUAUG